CUUCUCUCUCUGUCUAUCCCUUGUUCAGAAGCACACCACCACCAUGCCUGAGGGUCCAGAGUUACACUUGGCCAGUCUGUUUGUCAACAGGAUGUGUGGGGGGGUGGUCUUCACCGGCCCAGUACAAAAAUCAGAGGUCAGUAAGAACCCUGAGGUCUCCUUCUCCUGCCCGGCAUACACCAUCAUCGCCACCUCCAGAGGCAAGGAGGUUCGCCUCACUCUAACCCCCCAGGAGAGUGACUCUGCCCUGGGGAGAUGCAGGCGGGUGAAGGCAGGUCAGGCCAACCAGGUCCAGACCAUGGACAUCGUCUUCCGUUUCGGAAUGUCUGGAUUCUUCCGUUUCACCACGGAGGCGGAGCUUCCUAAACAUUCCCACCUGCGGUUCUACACCAARGAGAAGCCCUGUAAGGUUCUGAGCUUUGUGGACACACGCCGCUUUGGCAGCUGGCAACCCAACGGGACCUGGCAAUCCAACCGAGGGCCCUGUAUCAUGUUUGAGUACCUGAGCUACAGGGAGAACGUCCUGUCCCACCUGGCCGACAGAGCGUUCGACCGGCCCAUCUGUGAGGCUCUGUUGAACCAGAAGUACUUUAACGGCAUCGGCAACUACCUGAGAGCAGAGAUCCUCUUUAGAUUAAACAUCCCUCCCUUUGUGAAGGCUCGGACGGUUCUGGAAGGACUUCAAACACAUCUGUCUGACGAGGACCGGAAGUCAGUUGUCAAAGAGGAGGUCACAGACACCGAGGUCAAAGAGGAGAUCACAGACACCGAGAUCAAAGAGGAGAUCACAGACAGAGAAAUCUCAGACAGAGCUGCUGUGAAGGAGGAUGAGAGUGAGACCCCUGACCUGCUCCGUCUCUGUCACACAGUACCUCUGGAGGUCAUCAAGUUAGGUGGUAAAGGUUACGACCCAGAGAAAAUGGACUACACUGACUUUAAAGCGUGGCUCCAGUGUUACUAUGUGAAGGGGAUGAAGUCUGUAAGAGAUCACAACGGCAGAACUAUGUGGUUCAAGGGAGACCCAGGUUCCAUGGCUCCUAAAGAUGCCAAAUCUCCCAAAACAAAGAUGACAGUGAAGAAAGAGGACGACCAUGAUUAUAAAGGGGGYAAAGAGGUAAAGAAGGCCCGCUCUGAGAUGAAGCCAAAAUACAUAAAGGAAACGGUGCAGAAAAAGGAAGUCCCUCAGAGACGAGCAGGAAGGAGGAAGUAAACUCCUCAGCAGAAAAUAACCAGUACAGAGACCAAUGAGCCCCACAGACGUUGCGUGGGAGAGGGACCAGAAACCGUGUCAGACAGAAGAAGAAUAUUGUCCGUUUUUAUGCAGGAAACAAAUGUGUAUAUAUUUUUUGCUUUCAAUCCAGUAGCUGCUCGGUAAAACAAGCAAGUAGCUGCAGACACAGAGCUAGUACUGAAUGGGGCCAUUUUGUUUUUUAACUGUCCAUGAUAUAUGUUCUAUGCAAGAGAAAUCCCCCUUUUUA